AUGAUCCUGAGAAGAAUGGCCUCAGAAAAUGACUCUUCAGUGAAGGAGUUCAUCCUGCUGGGCUUGACACAGCAGCCAGAGCUCCAGCUGCCUCUCUUCUUCCUCUUCUUGGGAAUCUAUGUGGUCUCCCUGGUGGGGAACCUGGGCUUGAUUGUUCUGAUCAUUUUGAACCCUCACCUGCACACCCCCAUGUACUACUUUCUCUUCAACCUUGCCUUCAUUGAUUUCUGCUACUCCUCUGUCAUAACUCCCAAAAUGCUGGUGAGUUUUGUGAAGCAGAACAUCAUCUCCCAUGCUGAGUGUAUGACUCAGCUCUUUUUCUUCUGCUUCUUUGUGAUUGAUGAAUGCUACAUUUUGACAGCCAUGGCCUAUGACAGAUAUGCUGCCAUCUGUAAACCCCUGCUUUACCAGGUGACCAUGUCCCAUCAGGCCUGCCAUUUGAUGCUUGUGGGUGUGUAUGUGAUAGGGUUUGUGGGAGCCAUGAUCCAUACUGGUAGCGUAUUAAGUCUGACCUUCUGUGAUGGCAACAUCAUCAAUCACUAUGUGUGUGAUGUAGUUCCUCUCCGGAAGCUCUCUUGCACAAAUACUGCCACCAAUGAGCUGGUGGUUUUCAUUGUUGUUAGUAUCAAUGUAAUAGUGCCCACCCUGGCCAUAUUUAUUUCUUACACCUUGAUACUCUUCAAUAUCCUUGGCAUCCAUUCUGCAGAGGGUAGGUCAAAAGCCUUCAGUACCUGUGGCUCCCAUGUAAUAGCAGUUUCUCUUUUCUUUGGAGCCUCAUCAUUCAUGUAUCUUAAGCCCACUAGUUCAUCUGUGGAUGAUGAUAAAGUAGCUACCAUUUUUUAUACCAUUAUGGGCUCAAUGCUGAAUCCUCUCAUCUACAGUUUAAGGAAUAAGGAUGUCCACAUUGCACUGAGAAAAACUUUGAAAAACAGGAUUUUUACCUAAGUAGAAUCUCUAUUUGUUCUGUAAGUAAAUCUUAGGACAUGUGAAGCAUAGGACUGGAAGAGUUGCUAAUUUGUAGAGCAUAUGUUUAUUUGUGUGCAGGCCUGGAUUUGAUCCACUGUUUUCAAAAUCUUCAAUGAAAACAACAACUAAAAUAACAUCAAAAUCCUAACCAGUGGUGAGAAUAGUGUGGAAUUAAAACUAUUUAACAUUAUACAAAAUUAAUUUGAUUAUCAAAAAAUUCAGAAGUCAAGACAGUGAAGGGUAUAGAGCAUAGUUUAUUUCAUAAUUUUCCCAAAUCACAUGUAUCUUUUUUUCAAUUUUGAAAACUGAACAACACAUUUGUGCAGCAAUCUACCAGUAUGUUACACUCCAAGCUUAGAUAUCACCAGAAUUUAAGUAUACAAAGCAAUGGAUGAUAUUAUACUCAGAAAUCAUAAGAU